GAGCCACCCUGAACAAACAAAACAAAAAUAGACAGGUAAUGAAAAUUAAUUUAAACCAUUUUGCUUCCAGAUAUUUUCCUCUCCAUCUACGAAAGAGUGCUAAACAUGUAGUGAAUACAACUGUGAAUCAAGGAAAAGUCAGUUUAGUUUUUGUUAACUUGUUAUUUUAAUCGCCUGCAUAAUAAUAUGAUCACACAUCAUAAUCUAUCGCGACCUCUGAAGCAGGGGACGUAAAAUAAAUUUGAAAACGCAACAACCAGAAGGAAAAUCGAACCAAACGGGAGAUAAGGAGGUGAAUCGUCGCAAUUGUCGUGCUGAUCCGUCGACAGUGCUAACGACGAAACCCGAGUGAUCGCUUUUGUUUUUGACCGAAAAAGGAAGAUUUAAUUUAGUGGAGGGAUUCUGCGUAGUGAUUGGAUCGAAAAGGCAAAUUGCAUAACUUGUCCUAAUUUGGCUGCUUAAAUGCGAAGGUUGGUGGAAAUGUCUCGUUUGCAAGUGGUGCUGGCACUGCUGCUCAACAUGGGGUCAGGAACGCCGCAGGCAGAAGCUUACAACGAUUUACCGGUGAGCAACAUUCCUAUCUACGAGGAUGGGAUUUACUUCGAGAAUCUGAAACCGGUAAAAAUACAGAUCAGCACCUGGACGCUACAGUCGGAGUAUGACCUGAAAGAGUUUGUCGACGAUAUUUCGUUGGCCAACACCAGUGUGAACAAGUUGAUUAAGGCUUGCAACGAAAUGAUGACCAAGUUUCCGGGAAGUUGCGAAAGUAUUGGCAACAUUGUAGAGUUGACCCGGGACUUGAACGACUUCCAGAGCCUGUUGAAUAGUCUGUGUGAGGAAAAAAGCCGCAGCAAGAGAGGCAUUUUGAAGUCCUGGUUCGGGCUGAUGGACGACGAGGAUAAAGAGCAAAUUGAUGACAAUUUUAAGAAAGUCAACCAACAGAUGGAAACGCAAUCGACGAAAGUGGACCAUUUCUUCGACAGUACGAACAAGGCGAUGGCGGUGCUGAGUGGCAAUAUGUUCCAAUUGGAUCCGAAGAAACCGGGGACGAUCGAUUACAGCCGCGAAGGUCAGCUACUCAUGAUGGAUAUUCUGUUGAAUAAAAUCGUUAGAAAGAAAGAGCUGUUCAUGAAAUUUCUUCAAUCGUCGAGUUCGGUUUCGCUGAGUGACGAUAUCGUAAACCCUACCCGUUUGCUGAAGGAACUCGAAAAGCUACAGAAAAUCCUUCCGGAAGAUUUUACAUUCCCGGUUCAACUCACAUUGCGGGAUGUAAUCAAGAUUUAUCCUCUUUCGAAGGUUGUUGCUUAUGUGGACGAUUGCAAAAUGAAGGUAAGCAUCCUUCUGCCGCUAUGCAACAAAAUUGACUAUAUAACUGUCAAAGGAACAAGCGUACCGAUGAUGCAGGACGGCAUCCUGAAGAUGUUUCCCCUGGAGAAUGACGUGCUGGUGUACAAUAACGAGCACCACCUUGGAAUGAUCAUGGAGUACGAUGAGUACCAAAGCUGCAACCACUUGAAUAGCUUUGCCUUGUGCAACACCCAUCACUUGAUCAAAAAUCUUACCGCGGCAGAGGAUUGCAUCGUGACAUCGUUUUUCAAACGUACUGGUGCAGAUUCGGACUGCCGGGUCAGUCGUCUUCAGCUGCGUCACCAAAUCUGGAUCCAACUGGCCGAUCCCAAUCGCUGGAUCUACGCCGUCCCGAAUCGUACAAUGAUAGAUGUCAACUUUGGCAUUGGAAACAAAAAGUCCAUCGAGCUCAGUGGCGUCGGAAUGCUCAAACUAACCCGAAUGUGCCAUGUCCGUUCGCAGGAUAUCGUCCUCCAAUACAUCCCCCAGUUGCGAGGUUCGAUGGAAAGUAACUCGCUCGGCUUUCAAGUCCCGGCCGUAGUGACACGUGAUCAACCGCGAGUCAUUUCCGCCAGCGACAACAACAAGGUAAUCCUGGCCGGUCAAAACACGGAAAACGUCCUCCAGGACCGAACCCACCUCGCCGGAAUUUACUACGAACCGUCGGCGUUUUCCCCGUGGGCCAUCGUUGGCAUCGUCUGUGGAGUGUUCAUCGUGACUGCGUUAGCCGUCCAGGUCUACUUCAAAAUAAUAAAUGAGAAACGCCACCAGGCUUUGGUGCUUGCACGGAUGCAACAGCAGGAACAGGGCGACCCGAACGGAGCCUAUCUUAACGAGAGUUUGACAAGCAACGGAUCGGCGAACAAUUCCCAGCAGGCGUUUAUCCCCGUACACGGGGGACGGCAACCAACGGCGCCACCGUUCGGAUCGAAUAACUAGUCGGGAGGAGUUUUUGCCAAACAGAGUGGAAUGGAGUGCCUUUGAAUUUGUUUGAAGUUAUUUUUUUUUCGUGUCUGAUAGGCUGUGCUGCAUUAUUUCUAAGAAUUCGAGUAACAGUUGUGGGAGUUUUUUCGCUGUCGAUCAACGGAAAGGAUUGAUGGAUAAGUUAAGAUGGAGGUAAACGAUGGUUGAAGACAAAUUACACAUAAGACUUAAGAAACAAGUGGCUUACAAUCAACAUUAAUGCAUUAUAUGGGAGGCUUUGCCGAUUAUUCGCACAACCUUUGAACU